AAAGGGAUUUUUGAGAAGUCUUUUUCUCUGACUUGUCUCGUGGUCAUUCCUUUUUUAAACGCAUCAUUCUGAAAGUGAAAGUAAAGGUUCGAUUGUUGAAGAAAGAGUAAAGAUGGAUUCACUAUUUGUGGAAGAACUUAACUGUCCUGUGUGUUAUGAAAUCUUUAAGGAUCCUGUUGUUUUAUCAUGUAGUCACAGUUUCUGUAAAGAGUGUCUUCAACGGUUCUGGAGAACCAAGGACGCUCAGGAGUGUCCUGUCUGCAGGAGAAGAUCCUCGAGGGAUGAUCCUCCAACUAAUCUUGUGUUAAGAAACGUGUGUGAGUCGUUUCUGAAGGAGAGGAACGAGAAGUGUUCGUCAGGAUCUGAGGGGAUCUGCAGUUCACACGGUGAGAAACUCAAACUCUUCUGUCUGGAGGACAAACAGCCGGUGUGUUUAGUGUGUAGAGAUUCACAAACACACGACAACCACAAAUUCAGACCCAUCAGUGAAGAGGUUUCAUCGUAUAAGGAGAAGCUAAAUAUAGCACUGAAAUCCUUACAAGUGAAACUUAAACACAAAGAGAACAUUAGAGGGGAAUUUGAGAAAACAGUUCAACACAUCAAGUCUCAAGCUGAGCACACAGAGCGUCAGAUUAAACUGCAGUUUGAGAAGCUUCAUCAGUUUCUCAGAGAUGAAGAAGAAGAUGCAAUCGCUGCACUGAGGGAGGAAGAGGAGCAGAAGAAGCAGAUGAUGAAGGAGAAGCUGGAGGAGAUCAACAGACACAUCUCAGCUCUUUCACACACAAUCAAAGACACAGAGGAGAGGAUGGAAGCCAAUGACAUCUCCUUUCUACAGGAGUUUCCAGUCUCAAUGGAAAGAGUCCAGAUCCCAUCAGAGCCGGAUCCACAGACUCCUUCUGGAGCCUUGAUUCAUGUGCCACGAUACUUGGGGAACCUUCCCUUCAGAGUCUGGAAGAAGAUGCAGGACAUCAUCCAAUACACUCCUGUGAUUCUGGAUCCAAACACGGCUCAUCCAUCUCUCGUCCUCUCUGAUGAUCUGACCAGUGUGAAAGACCGCUGGAACAAACAACCGCUUCCUGAUAACCCAGAGAGAUUGGACAGCUAUCCCUGUGUUCUGGGUUCGGAGGGGUUUAACUCGGGAACACACUGCUGGGACGUGGAGGUUGAAGGGAAUUCCUACUGGAUUCUUGGAGUAACGACAGCGUCGAACCAAAGGAAGGGACGUGAGUUCUUUGACACGGACGUGUGGAGUGUGCAGUACGGACUUUAUAUAAGGUCCGGUUUUCCUGUUGAACAGGGUCUUGAGUGUGUGAGAGUGUAUCUGGACUAUGACAGAGGAAUGGUGUUGUUCUCCGAUCCUGUAACUAACACACGUCUACACACAUUCACAACCACCUUCACCGACACGGUCUUUCCUUUCUUCGAAACCGCUUCCUCUCUCAGAGUCUUGCCGUUCAAAAUGUAGUAAAAGGAUUAUACCUCUUCUUAUCAUCCAUUCAGUGACACUGAUGAUCAAACUGAUCAAAUAACGUAUGGUAGCUACCAGCAACAGUGUUAGUAUCUGUUAGUCAUAUUAAUGUAGAUACAAAAUAGAUGCAAGUAUAAAUUGAAAUGUUUGCACUUCUAACCACUAGAUGUCACUGUCAGCCAUAAUUUAUUUAUUCCAGUCCUCUCAGUAACAUUGUUUUAUGGCAUUUUUACAUACUAUAAGAUGAAACAGAAUUUAAAUACCGUUUACAACACUGACAUUGUUUGAUACGGCUGUUCAAUCCAGUAUUGUAUAAUGUGCAUGAAUAUUAUGAAGUGUAUGAUAAUCAGUCUAGAUAUUCAGUUGCCCUGGUA